UGACCAUAUACAUCGACCUGUGAACGUUCUUCAACAUGCCUUGGAAAAGUCGCUGGAAUGUCGAUAUACCUCAGGUGUCACUGCCGACUUAUGUUUUCGGAUCACCGUCAGCUCCAUUGCCGGAAACACCUCUGUUGCUCGACGCAGAGAAGUCGGAGAAAUAUCACUUGUCGGCCUCGGAUCUCAGAGAAUGGUGCAAGCGAUUCGCCGCUGGUCUCCAGAAGGCUGGCUUGAAGCCCGGUGAUCGCGUGCUGCUCUUCUCUGGAAACACACUCUUCUUCCCUGUGGUCUUCCUGGGCACCAUUAUGGCUGGAGGCGUGUUCACAGGUGCAAACCCUACGUAUGUCGCUCGUGAGCUUACAUACCAGCUACAAGAUUCAGGAGCCAAGUUCUUGAUCUGUGCCGAGGCCAGUCUGGAUACUGGCAUUGAGGCAGCUGAUGCUGCAGGGCUUUCACACGACAAUGUCUUUGUGUUUGAUAGUGGGUAUGCCACUUUCGAUAAUGCUGGCAAAGGACGCGAAGAUGUAAGACAUUGGAGCAAGCUGCUUUCGAGUUCUGCAGAGAGCCGCAACUUUGCGUGGGAAGAGUUGAGCUCCAGGGAAGAAUUGGAGAGGACCAUCUGUCUCAAUUACAGUUCUGGAACGACAGGUGUGCCGAAAGGCGUGAUGAUCACUCAUAACAACUAUGUCAGUAACAAUGAGGGCGUUGUUCGUGUCGCAAGGUCUGUUCCAGAGUACGAUGAACUCAAGAAGUCAGCCCGAUGGCUCUGCAUGCUUCCAAUGUAUCAUGCGUAUGGCCAGACAUACUACUGCGUCGGAACCAUCUCGAGGCAGAUUCCAACGUAUGUCAUGCAAAAGUUCGACUUCCUCAAGAUGUUGAGUUAUGUCGAGAAAUACAAGAUCACUGAUCUCAAUCUCGUCCCACCAAUCGCUGUGGCCAUGGCCAAACAUCCAGCUAGCAAGCAGCAUGAUCUAAGUUCGGUGAGAUAUAUUGGCUCAGGCGCUGCACCACUCGGAAGCGAAGUGUCAAAGGAAGUCGAACAAUUGUGGCCAAGUGGAACAAGGAAUAUGAAGCAAGGGUGGGGGAUGACAGAGUUGACUUGCUCAGCGUGUAGUUGGGAUCUGACCAAAACAUCGAACUCGAACGCUGUUGGAGAGCUUAAUCCUAAUGUCGAAGCCAUGAUUGUAGACGUAGCUUCAGGAUCCGAAGUACAAAGAGGCCAACGAGGCGAGCUCUGGAUCCGAGGACCAACUGUGAUGAAGGGCUAUUGGGGCAAGUCAGAUGCCACAAAGGAGACUAUUACAAGCGACGGCUGGUUGAAGACUGGCGAUGUGGCGUACCUUGACGAAGAUGGUCAUCUCUUCAUCGUAGACCGCAUCAAGGAGUUGAUCAAGGUCAAAGGUAACCAGGUCGCACCAGCCGAGCUGGAAGCACUAUUGCUCGAACAUCCAGCGGUAGCAGAUGCAGGUGUGGUCGGAGUCACAAUAAAAGGAGAAGAGCUCCCACGAGCCUACCUCGUUCGACGUGCAGAGCAGAAGAUUGAUGCUCAGGACAUUCAAGAGUUCAUGAACAGCAAAGUCGCAAGGCACAAACGUCUGGCUGGUGGCGUUGUGUUUGUGGAAGCAAUUCCAAAGAACCCUUCAGGCAAGAUUUUGCGCAAAGUGCUCCGCGAGCAGGCAAAGGCUGAGGUGGGAGACUCGGAGGCUAGAGCAGCACGCCUGUAGAACAGUACAUAGUGAUCUCACGGCGACCGAAGAUGGAAAUUAUCACAAGAGUGAGCAGUG